GGAAGUGAAGAAGUCAAAUUGGCUGCAGUUUACAGCUCUGUUGAGUUCUCAGAAAUUAAAACCCUGUAAACUCAACCGUAGCGCUGAAAAACAAACAGCCAGUAAUGAGAAGCACGGCAUGGCAGAAAGACAGGACAAUGAGGUGGAGGAGGCUGAUCAGGUGUAUCUGCUGAUGAAAGAGCAGUACAGGUUAUCACGUAAUGUGCGUCUGUCCUGGUUCCUCAGCAGAUUAAAUCAGGUCAUCCGACCCAGUUCCCAGUCUGACCUGCUGAAAUCAGAGAACGAGUUGGAUGUUUUGAGUGUCCUCCCGAAAGGAUGGCAGCCCGGUUCUCCCCCUUCUUCUUGCGCGUGUCUGCUGGUUCCCUCCACACGCGUGAUCUUCCUGGCUCGCCGGUACCGCCUUAUCAUUCAGCUGGACCUGAGUCCUUCUACCGGGAUUGUGGAUGAUAGCACAGGAGAGAUGAUCUUUGAUGAAGUCUUCCACGCUCUCUCUCGCUGUUUGGCCGGACUGGCGAGACCCUUCGUGGUUCCAGGAACUGGGCACGUGUUUAAGCCUGAGAUCUUCAUCACCAUUUUGGCCUAUUCCUCCAUCAUCGGUCUUAGUUCUCAUCAGGUGCUAGUUCAGGGCUGUCAGCUGGGCUCCAUGGAUCUGGAGAAGUUCCUGCAGCAGAUCUAUCAGCAGCUGAGAGCCGUGGAGAGCAACAUCGCUGUGGUCCUUCAACAACAGCAGAAUCAGUUGUGUGGAUUUCUGAGUCAGUCCUUCUGUAAUGAUGCUGUGGAAGAGACGUCUCAGAGGAAGCUGGCGGUUUCCAUGGUAACCGCGGAUGUUGGACUGGUCAGCAUGGUGAGGCAGGGGAUUCUAGCACUACAACUUCUUCCUCCAAACUCUGGCGCAGGAAUAAUAAUCAUUACGGAUGGAGUGACGAGUGUUCCUGAUGUAGCUGUAUGUGAAACUCUACUGAACCAGCUGAGAAGUGGAACCAUCGCCUGCUCAUUUGUCCAGGUGGGCGGGGCUUAUUCAUACAACUGUAGUUUUGGCUACAUCCCCAAUGUGGAGAUAAUGAAGUUUAUCUCCAUGGCAACCUUUGGCUCAUACCUGUCCACGUGUCCAGAACCCGAAUCUACAGGCCAAGGGAUGAACGCCUAUCACCGCGCCUUUCUCACAUACUCCUUCUUCAGGACGGGCGAGUCUAUGAACCCAGAGUAUUACUGCUUCUCUCAGCACAGAUUGUUUAAUGAACAUCUGGUGUCGGCCAGCGGAAACCCGGCGCUGGUCAUGCGCAGGAAGAAACACACGGAAAAGGAAGUUCAUGCCGAUUUGAUCAGCGUGCUGUCUGUCAGAUUGAGAGAAGGAUACACCAUCCGAGAGAUUAACAUCACUAAAGGAGGAACUCAGCUGGAGGUGAAGCUGGUUCUCCUCUGGAAGCACAACAUGCGUAUCGAAUACCUCGCUGUGGCUCCCUGGCCCCUGGAUCCGGCCAAACGUGUUACGUGGAUGGAAGUGACCAUGGAGGGCAGCUAUGACAUCCUGCACGACAUCAGCUGUACCAUGCGCAAGCCAAUCACGAGCCCCUAUCGCACAUCUGUCAUACGGCGAUUCUGGAACACACUGCAGAGCAUUAACCAGACAGACCAGAUGCUGGUACACCUGCAGUCAUUUAACUCCAUCCCAGAGCAUUACACGAUUCCUGAAAGCACAAAAAAUGGAGUUCCUCUGUUUUAUAUCCCACCUGGAUCCACCACACCGGUCCUCUCCCUCCAGCACAGUGGCUCUAAAGACUCCAGCCAGUCACAGUUUGCCUUCUACUGGAAGCCCAUCCUGUCAAUGGACGCCAACGUCUGGCAGCGCUGGCUGCACAUGCAUCGCAUUGCCAUGAUUCUGGAGCAUGACAUCCCCGUCCCAAAGCAUGUGCACAAUGCCGGCAGUAACGGUCGAUUUAGUACCAUCCAGUGCAGGAUCUCGCAUUCGGCCCUCACCUCGCUGCUGAGAGAUUGGAGCUGUUUUGUCCUGGUGGAGGGCUACUCGUAUGUCAAACUCAUAUACAGUGGCCCUGAGUCGCCGCCCGUCUCUUUCUACCUGGUGCGUCUGAUCUCUAAAGCUCCCUGCAUGGUGCUGCGAUUAGGUUUUCCUAUAGGAACUCUAGCCCACACCAGGAACAAGAUCGUGGAUGAACUUCGACAGCAGAUUCUACGACUGCGCUUCCCUCAUCGCGUCCAGAAUAAAGAAGCCACACCAAAGACCAAACGUAAGAUUUUGGGUAACUCGUCGCCCUCGAAAUCGCCACCUCUUCCUGCCCCAAAGCCUGCGCUGUCCGACCGGCCAUGCGUGGUGCUGCUUAACAAACCUCUUGAAAAAUUACUGAUCAGGUACGACAAGCUUCCGUCUGAUUUCCGCACGCCUUUCAUUUUAAACAUGGAGCCGUUUGCCCAGCCGUGCCCAGCCAUGGGCGGCUCUCUCAGCGUUGCCGCCAGCCGGACCGCGUCCUCCACCAUGGCAACGCUCUCCAGAUACUUUCUGCAUCAGCGUUGGGUUUGGGCUGUGCAGAACGGACCGGGAACCGCUGUAUCCCUGCAGGCUGUGGCUCACAUCCUCUCCAUGCUCUCGGAGAUCCGACUCUCUGAGGGCUUCCAUUUCGCAGCCAGCGCUGAGGGUAUCGUCAACAUGGUGAUCGAACUGCCAGUACAGAGUGCACCUGUUGGUUUGGACCGAGAACAGCACACCUGUAUAGUGCAGUAUAUCCUGUUUCCACCUCACUCAACCUCCACCAAAGACAGUUUCUCCACAGAUGAUGAUAAUGACACAGAGGUGGAGGCUAUAGAUGUGGACACGGAGCUCAGUUUGGUGACCGAGUGUUGGGUGGAGCCUCAGAGUGGAACCGUAUGCAGUUCACUGGAUCAACAUCAACACUUUCAGAACCUCAUGUAUCAGGAGAUACCUCAGGCUAUUUUUCCACGCGAUCUGUCGUGCAUGUCUACGAUGAUUACGUUUGAAUACCUCAUUCAGCUGUGUCAGAAUAAAGAGCAAGUGUGUCCUCUCAAUAGCGGCAGAGACGCUCCAGGCGAGGUCACCACCACCCCUGUCGAUGACUGCAUACACAUCGUGCCUUUCCAGUUUGACCUGAUGAAGCUCCUGCCCAAGUGCCAACAGAUUGAGCUCUUCUUCUAUACCUUCGGUUGGGAUCAAGAGGAAUCGACUCGAUGCUCCACCUCUCUGCCCAAUGACAUCCUGUUGAGCCUCUUCCACGGCUCUCUCCAGACCGAGCUGAGUGAUCGAGAGAUCCCAUUGGACAGCGGAGAUCAUGUGGCAUUCAUGCAUCACAUUCUGGAGCGGGAAAGGGACGGUCACCUGGCUCCGUUCUCAUUACCUGUCAUUAAAGAGGAGUGUGUGAGGGGUGCAGAGAGACAGGACACCGUUUUGUCCUUCAACACUGUUGAAAGCAGUAAAGAGGUGACGGGUUCAUCCAGUACACUUCAGAGUUUCAGUAAUGCAGAUCUUGUGGAGGAUGAUGGGAUAGCAGGCGUGGAAAGAGACGACGCCUUACCUCAGUGGAAAUGUUAUGCCAAAUACAUCAGCCAUCAGCAGAUAUUACUCACUUUCCUUCCAGCAACAUUUACAGAUGUGCAUCUUUUAAUGUCAUCUGGACUGGACACCGAAGCUCCCUUCAGUAGCAGCCUGCAAGAAGAGAAGGAGACCUGUAGUCAUGACAACAGCCAAUCACAGCCAAUCAGCAGAUUAGGAAGCAAUGGUCAAGAGGAUGCAAGUCAUGCUGCUGAUGUUAAAGAUGACGUUAGCUCCACAGCGGGAUCAGAGUCAACUCUGGAAACAUCUAAAGAUCAAACAAGCAUGAGUAGAGGAAACGCAGAUGCAGGAGAGAGAGACGGCGUCCAGUUCUUGGAGCCCCAGAAGCAAGAUUGUCGAAUCACAUUCAGCCGACAGACGUCUCAGCCGAGCAGCGGUGACGCAGCUCGACCCCGCUGCCCGAUCUACAUCUACAACUGCACACUAGACUCCCUCAAAGAACAGCUCGUCCAUCCACGAUCAGGACGACAGCCCAGAGACGUCUUCUUCAGACCUCAAGAAACAGAUUGCUGGGAUUUGAAUCAGCAGCUCAAAUACAGGUCUAUUUCUCAGGAGCGCAGUAGCGCCUCCUCUUGGACUGAACUCAUGGCUCAUCCUCACAAACAUAAAGAACUUGCCAACUACUGCAACCUGCUACAAGAGCAUUACUAUCAGAGCUAUGUCAAAGGUGUAUAUCGCAGCUUGCAGCAGUCGUACAGCGUGAGCUCUCAGGACGUGUUGACGGCGAUGGAUUACUGCGAAGAGUCGCUGCAGGAGAUCGACAUCACUUCCUUCCUCCAGACUCUGUGCGGACACAUACGUGUGUUUCGUGAGAAACACGAACUACAGGGAUACGUCGAGGUUAGCAGGUCGGGCGACGUUCCCACUACCUUCAUCAUCGGCGAAGAUGAAGACGGAACCGACAGAGCAACACUCAUGUCUUCAUCCAGUGUUGAACUGGAAGACGUGAGCGAAGCGGAUUCCAGAGGAAAACUCUCUGUUCCCGCUUCCCCUCUGGCACUGGAUGAACCCAAGUCUCCCAAAAUCCCAGAAUUCCCUUUGUCUCUCCUGCAGUCCCAGCAGAAGUGUGAGGUGUACGCUGAUUUGCACAAAAUCAUACAGGAUAAGUUCAUGGAAAUUGGUGCUCAGUAUUUCAAGACUGUGCCUUCCAAUCCGCAUUAUUUCUUUUACUGCCUUCCAUCUUCCAAGAAAGAGGAGGAGUCAGACAGAGAGGGCGACAGGAGACCCAGCGAUGAGUGUGAAGUGUCUGAUGCUGAACUAGCCACAGAAGAUGAGAACGUGUCUGGCUGCUGCAUCGUCACCGAAAGUGAUACAGAUUUGGAGGUGGAGUAUCAGGAAUGUGUGAAUGGAAAAGCAGAGGAUGUUGAAGAGGAAGUUGGGGAGGGCAGGUCACCGUCUGACUCUAACACUGUGAACCAGGACGAUGAUUCCUUCAGCAUUUUGGACGGGGAUUCACUCCUGGAGCCUGAGAGACCCCAGCCGGAGAUGCCGCCUCUAUUUGUGCACCUUACCUGUUCGGUUAACAUGAAGAGCUGCCACGGCUCCAUGCCCACACAAACACUGCCCACCUGUCUGGGGGAAGUUAUUUCCUGUCUUGAGAACGCAGAGAAUCUUCAGUCUGUGGAUCUGAAUGAGUUGUCGGUGACUCUUGACAUAUUUGUGCUUACGUUACCACUGGAGAUUGAAGCCAUGCCCCCUGAUUUCUGUCACAACAGGUACACCUCAGAGAGCAGCGUGUCUCUGAAUCGCUCUCCUGGACAGCCGUCAUCUUACCGCUCAGACGAGGAGCUCAUGGGAGAUCUAGAUGGCCUGCGAGGGGUCGGUGUGGAGGGUAUGUCUGGAGAUCCUCUUUCCAAACUUCCAGUCCCUCACAAAAUGGCAGUUUUGGCCACCAUGGAUGAGAUCCGCUGGCUACUGGAAGAUGAGAUCGUCUCGGCUCUACGACACUCCUCCGUAAUCAACUCCUCCACCCUGCAGAAGGUCUCCGAUCACGUGUGCCGUUCCAGCGGCCGACCGCAGUGUUACAGCGAAGUCGUUCCUCUGCAGUUUGUGUUCGGUCCCGAACAAUCCCUGGAAAAGUUUCAAGAGGAGUUCAAGAGGCUAUCGAUUCCCGGAUACCUGCUGAACGCCGAGCAAGACAACUUCCACUACGUGUCUCUCAGUCGGCAGCGGGCUCACAGACUUCAGGCUGCUAGACAGCUGUCUCGCAUGACGACUGAAUAUUCGCAGCAGACCGACGUCUGUCCUGAGGUGGGCAAUAGAUCCACAGCGACCCUCACCACAUGUGACGAAGAACCAAUAAAAACAGAGCCAGAUGUUAAGAAUUAUCACAGAGACGGAGAUACCCAGCAGGUGUGGAACGACUCAGACCCGCGACCCACCGAGUCAUCUGAUCCUGGUCCGAUCAAACAAACAGAGGCGGAAGAGACUCAAUCUCAAAAUGCAUCCGUCCUGCAGAUGGGCAGCAGCAUGGAGCGAUCGUCCGAUCACACAUCCCCUCCUAAAACACCUUCUGCCGCCAGUUUGGCCGAGUCCAUGCAGUCCGUCACACACAGCAGUGGGAAACGGCAGCCCAGUCGAGUUCAGAGCGUGGUGUCAAGUCAAGGCAGUCUGGACUCAGAUAUGCUGGGUUAUGAUGGAGGCAGCAGUGAUUCGGAGUGUGACGGACCCACUAUGAACGAACAGGAGAGACGGACGCCCCUCAUGCCUGAUUUCUGGCUCAUCAUCAGAAUUCAUCACGACAGGGUGGAGGUCUUCUCUCACGCCAGGAGCUUCAACAGAGGAAAAGAGGAGGAAGAGGAUGAGAUCCCAGAGUUCUUGCGUCUUCAUCAGCUGGUGGUGAGGAGGAUCGGAGAAAUGUGCAGAACGGUCAACCAGCGCCUCCUACUGCAGGACCUGCAUGAUAGUCACGUGUGUCACUCACUCCUGGUGGCUGAGAGCGAGGAAGACAUCUGGAAACAUGAAUCUCUCUACAGGCCUCGCAUGACCAAUUCAGACGACUACAAUGCAGAUGAGAGCUAUCAGCCUCGGGACUACCUCGCCGCCACCAUGCAAUUCAUACCUGGGUACUUUGCUUGCGAUGUGGUUUGGAGUACCGUCAUUUACAUUCACCCGCGCCUCAAGAUGGGGCCCAACAUGGGUGUUGCACGCGCUAUGCAAGCUUUGCGUUCGGUCCUAAAUGCCUUUUGUGUGGUCAACCGUAAAAACAUGUUUGUGUAUCAGGAGCGAUCCACUAAAUCCGUCUUCUAUCUCCGACUCUCUGAGACUUGUCAGACAGGGAGAUACAGCGAUCUGGACAGAAACGUGCACGUGGUUCGCUCCGUGAGUCUGGCACGCAGCCAGGAGCCACUCGGCUCCGAGGACCUCACGGGUCCUCGCUCAUCUGUGGAAAGUUCGAGGCUGGUUGGACAAGUGGACAAACACAUAUUAUUGCUGGUCCACGGCGUGGGGACUGCAGGUCCAGAGAUCACUGAUGAACUAGUUAAGGUUUUGAGGAAGCGUUUGGACGAAGCCACGUUGGACAUCAUCACUGUCAUGCUGGUCAGAAACUGCAAACUGACUCCUGCAGAUGUGGAGUUUAUUCAGCCUCCAGGCUCUCCUGCUACUGAAGUGAUGGAGUUCUGCCUGCCUCAGUACUGCAUGCCGUGGAUCCAGGCUGUCGCUCACUACCUCCGUCAGAACCUCCUCAUCUUCCUCCACAUACCCAAAUACACCGACAGCAACACUGUACACCACUUCAAGCAUUACUUUCACACAAGCAGUGAGAUGCCUGAUCAUGAUAUCUACCUCUACAAUAAACCUGGAGGUCAGGGUACGGGAGGAAAAGGUAUCGCCUGUAUCACUCUGUCGUUCGUGGAUGCUAAUGGGUGCCCGCUGCAGGUUCCGGCUCAGGACGGCAGCGGUCUGGCUCUCAGAGGAGACGUCUCGACCAUCUCUCUUCAACCGGAUCAGUUUGAGGCCUUGACGACCGUUGUCAAGAUGGAUUCUCCCAGCCAGAGCUCAGGUGCGGCCGUACGCGUGAGGUUUGACAUAUGGGAGCAGGGUAACAUCAGCCCCCUGCAGCUGAUGGACAGACUGAGGGCCGCCCUGCGCCACGCCCUCUGUGAUGUCAUCAUGGAGAUGCGUGUGCUGCUGAAUCCCUUGUGUCUGGAGACAUUCUGCCUGCCCGCCGCCACCCAACAGAAUGAGAGUACAGUACCCUUGAGUCUUCCUCAGUCGGACGGUAGAGAAGUGAGGGAGAGUUUUCGACGUCCCAGCGGUCCCCACGGGAUCAAAAGCAGUCCGUCCCCCAUAACCUUCAUGUCCACCCCCAGUUCCACCACAACCACAGGAAGCAGCACGCCCGAAUCCACCACGCCCACUGGAAAAACAACUCGCCGUAGCUUCUGGGAGAUGUUGAGUAAAACAGAAACUGCUGAGCUUGGCAGUCCAAAGACGACCGAUGACAUCAUACCCGAGCGAGCAGAAGACAGCCGCAUGGGCCGACGGAGACACAAGACCGAAAACGUGAAGCAACAGUGGAACCAUGAGAAAGCAAUGGCUGUGGAGCAGGAACAGGCUCAGAGGAGGCAUGUGGCUCGGCUGGAGGAGGGAGAUACAGGCACUCUUCACCAGGUCUAUCAGAAUACGUUCCUGCCCUGGGUCACCUUCAUGAACAAACUGGGUUGUCCAUCCAUCCAGUAUUGUGUAGCUGAAGUCUCGCAUCAUUUCCUCCUGCCAUCCAUCCUCACAGAGAUUGUUAAUCUGGUCAGCUCUCUGGCCAAUGACACCACGGUCAAAGUGUUUGAAAGAACCAGUUGUCCUCAGGGUGACAUCUAUGUCCCACUGUCAAUCAUUCAGCACAUCAGCCAACCUCCUGCCACCACCAGAAGCUUCAUUCUCAUUGGUCGCAACUUCAGCCAAUGGCAUUGCAGUACAGAACAAGAAGACAGUUCAGAUGACGAGAACAGUCCAGUUCUAAAUAGGUGCACACCUCAUAAGGGUCUGCAGCGAUUCGAGGCUUUGGAGCACAGUGAUUGGCUGAGCUCAGGCCAGGCUGCGAAGGGUGUGGCCCCACGUCAGCGCUUCCUAUACAUACACGUUGUCAAUAAAAAGGUGACCCUGUACACGUAUAACUGGUCAGUGGAUCUGGGCGGCUCUCUGAAUCAGGGUCUGUGCAGAUUGGUGCAUUGGCAGAACGCUCGGGCUCAUGUGGUCAACUGCUUACUGAGCCAGAAAAUGGGUCUGUUUCAUCAUUACUGCUUCUCUGAUACACCUGCUCACGAGGACCUAAAGCAGGAUCCCAACCCUUUUCUUAGUUCCACAGUCGAGGCAGAUGCUCUAUUGAGAAGUCCGGUUCCUCCGGCUCUCGGUAAGGAUCAGGGACGGUUGGGCAGCUCAGGUCGUGGUCUGCCACCUUUGGCUUUCCCCGGAGAGCUUGUGCCCUUUGAUGAAGCUCUGAGAGAUGUAAACACAGUAAGAUCGUUGACCAAUCAAGAUGGGGCGGAUAUAGUCGCCCGCCAUGGAGCACAACUUUUGGACGUCAAAGCAGUUGAGCGCAGAGAGUUGGAAAGACAACUGAAGAUUGAGAACUUGUUUGUGACGUGGCAGCAGAGAUCAGCCCAGUCCAACAUGCCAAUCUCUGUAACGGAUUUGGACACGCUGAAGCAGUCGUCUCGACUGGUCCAUUACUGCGCCACUCCACUACUCUUUGACUCUGUGUUUCGGAAACAGAUUCAAGAGGAGCAGGUCGUCCAGCCACAAAUGAAGAAAAGGCAUCGCUCCAGCGACUCCACGGCGUCCGGUAGAGAUCGCAGCUACAGUACAGAUUCGGCAGACACGCUGCCCAGUCGACUGAAGGACGAGCCGUGGCUGCAGGAGAUCUCCAGUAUGUUCAUGCAACAGUACGUUCAGUAUCUCCAGAGCACGGGCUUCAUCCUGGUCCAGGUCCGACCGCAGUCGCCCGCCCGCAGCAUUGCUCGAGCGAGAGCCGCCCUGUUGAGUUCUUUAUCUACUGAAGGCAGAUCUUCCUUCUCCUCAUUUUCAUACAAUAAACAGAAAAGUGAGGAAAGUCCCAAGCAGAGCAGUAACUCCAGCUCGACGUCGUAUCACCUGCAGAGGGCGCUGCCGGGAGGCAUCGUAUUAAUGGAACUGUCGUUUCAAGGAUCGUAUUUCUGUGUAAAGCAGUUUGCAUUGGAGUGCUCGAGGAUACCGAUGGGUCAAACGGUUAAUUCUCAGGGUUCUCUUCUCAACAAACCUCCUAGCAAGCCGUUGCCCGAGGUGCCCGUGGGCUCCGACUCUGCGCUGUCGAUGCUGUUCACCGAGGAAUGCGAUAAGGUUCGAGAUUUGAUGCACGUUCACUCGUUCAGCUACGACUUUCACCUGCGUGUGGUGCAUCAGUACCUGGUGGGAUGUCAGAUGACCCUGCGGCAAGGCUACCAGCUCACCAGCUUUCUAGAGGAUUUUAUCGCACAUCACCCCGAUAUACCCAAAUAUGGACGCAACCACGUUUUCCAGGGGAAUUUUUCGAUAUCGACGGGGAUGAUCACUGCACAUCAGCUGUAUAACUACAUCACUGAUCACGCUGGUACAUACGGGAUGAAACCCCUGCGCAUGUCUAAGGCUGCAGUUACAACCGAUAACAAAAAGGGGGCGCCAAGCUCAGACCUGCACGAGUACGCGCUGGUAGCUUUGUGGAACAGCUCUGGCUCUUACAAAGACCUCGAUGGACUACGACACCAUGAUGAUUUUGACGUGUCGUUGCUCGUGUGUCAUAACGCAACUCCGUUCGAAGAGCAGUCUGAAGGAGAGAGACACCUGCUCAAGCUGUGUUUUUACGUCAUCAUGACCAGUCAAAGGGAACUCUUCCCCCGUUUGACCGCCGAUAUGCGCCGCUUUAAGAAGCUUCCUCAGAUCCACCGUGACCCCGGUGACCUCAGCAGCCGUGUCGCCGCAGAUCGACUGGACGCGAGCAGCACUGGGGCACGGGAAUCCGAACUGGACCUCUGGGAGGAGACCCCCACCACCCCUCUCAGCCCUCCGGCCAGCCCCGAAUCGGACACCACCGAGUCCCUUCCACAUCCGGGUCAGAGCGAGGACUUUCACGGGCUCUUCUACCUGUCUCCGCUCUUUCCUCUGCUAAACUCCGAGGUGAUGUCUGCACGGCGACAGAUUCAGAGCAGCGUGGAGCAGGCCAUGGGUCACUGCCGCAGGGAUAACCUCUGGAGGAGACUGUUUCACGGGGAACAUUUGGCUCUGGAUAAGCUGAAACUCAGCAGGCUGGCCUUCAGUGAGCUGGAGGAGCUGCUUUAUGCUGUGCAAAGCAAAUCUAUCGCUGAGAUCGACCCGCAGCUGGACUGUUUUCUGAACAUGAGUCCCAACUGGUACCAGACGCUCAUCAAAGUUCUGCUCACACGCUUCCCACAAAACUGCAGGCAUUUUAAAGAUGACGGCGGGAUUCAAUAUCUGGCUGUUCUGAACCAGAAGUUCACCGACUGCUUCGUGCUGGUGUUCCUCGAUGCCCAGGCAGGAAAAACUAGUUUAAAGGUGGUUUUCCGAGAGCCGUUACCAGCUCCGAGUCAGUCGAGCAGCAGUCCUCCACCACAGCUGGUCUCCAUGUACCAUCAUCUGGAGUCCGUCAUCAAUACGGCAUGUUACAACCUCUGGACGGGUCUACUGUAAACCUCCUGUAUGUCCUUCAGAUCUCCGUCAAUCACCUGCAGGCUAAAUAACACCGCUUAACUAAAGUGGAGAUCCGCUCGGAUUGGGCCGCGAGCCGCCUUCAGGUCACAGACUGAGACCGAAUGCAUCUUGCGUGUUAAAUGUGCGUCGGCCGGGGUGCUGCUGUUUAAGCAAUUAAAUCGCCCACGUUUUGCACAGAAAAGCAACUAAAUGGUCUGCCCUGUUGAUUGGAGAGGGCGAUUAUCCGGUGGGUGUAUGAAAGUGCUUUGCCAAAACCACACUUUCUCCUUAUGUGCAUCUACCUGUGUGUUUUUGUGUUGUAUUUCAUCUCUCUCAUCAGUUGCUGAUGUUACUGUAGAUCUCGUUCAGAUAAACCGGCUGCAUAACGCAUUACGCUACGUUAUUAUCUGUACUGCCGUUUUAUCAUCCUAGAAGUGCCUUUAUUUGUAUUUCUUGCUGAUGCGUGUUAGUGUAUUGACAGCACUACAUCGGUGACGUGCAUGAUGCAUGAAGGAAACCAAAUGUAUUGGGCUGUUUUUAGCUCCUGUAAGUCAAAAACUGCAGAAGUGAAUGAAGAGAUGUAUUUUAUUGUUUUCUGUAAGCACACUGGACUCAUGAUGUACAAACACUGAUGUGAAACGUUCAGGUGAAAGUAAUUCAUUGAAUAUGUACAUGCUGUAUAUACAGAUAGAUUUGUAACAGUAAAUCUUAAGUUAAAAUGUGA